CAGCAUCAAGAGCGCUCAGCGUCGGCAGCAGCGUCGGCAUUGCAGUGUGUCGUCGUGGUGUCUGACGAACGUCGUUUAUAUGACAGCUACGUUUUAUAAAGUUCGCAGGUAUUGGACAGUCGAUUAUAGAUCGAAGCAAAGUAUUGUAAUGACUGAUAGUAACAUCGACGUAAUUUAAUUGAAAGUGAGUAAGGCAAACUGAGAAUCAAAAAACAAUGGGAAUUUAGCGCGAGUAAGGGCAGGGGAAUGGAUGGCGGCGAAGAAAGAGAGAAGGAAAGAAAGGGAGAGAGAGCGAGACCGAAAGCGACGGUCGUCGGCAAGCAGCGGCCAGUUUUCUUGGAUUCUCGUGAACUUUCUUGGACAGUUACAAAAGUGGCCAAGGCGUGUUAACCAGUUAAGCCGAAUUAGACAUACGGUUGUCUUUAAUUCGACUCGUUGAAUGUAUUUACGAGUUGAAAGCAAUUAAACUCAGUAAAACGUCGAGUGUCGAACCCAGGACGCUCCCUGACGCUCAGAGACGCUCCACGCCUUCGUGCAUACGCCAAUGCGAGCCCUCGUCGCCACUGCUAGAAAAUGGAGUUACCAGCAACGUAUUGUUUGUGCGGGAAUUCUUUCGACUCCGACCAAUUUAUGAUUCAGUGUGAUAUUUGCAAAGAGUGGUAUCAUGGUGGGUGUGUGGCUGUCAAAGAUUACAUGUCAAUGGAUUUGGACAAGUAUCACUGUCCACGUUGUGAGACAACAUGUGGACCUUCCCUCUUGAAAAUACGAAUGAACUGGCAUCGACAUGAUUACUUGGAGGGAAACGCAGACUCCAAGCCUGUACAAACUGGUACUCCUCUAUUUAUAAAAGAACUAAAAUCACGUCACUUUCCUAAAGCAGAUGAAGUGGUUAGACAUGUGAGAGGCCAACAACUGACGUUACAAUAUCUACAGAGCAAUGGAUUUGAAGCUCCGAUUGUUAUCGAUGGCAAAGAUGGACUUGACAUGACUGUGCCACCGCCAAAUUUUAGUGUUUACGAUGUAGAGAGUUACAUUGGCGGAGAUCGGGAAAUGGAUGUUAUUGACGUAACAAGGCAAAGUAAUGUACGAAUGAAACUGAGAGAUUUCGUCGAAUACUACAAUGAUCCUUGUCGAACGAGGGUUUUCAAUGUGAUAAGCCUUGAAUUUUCAAACACCAGUCUCUCCUCGAUGGUCGAAGCGCCGUACAUUGCACGCAAGCUUGACUGGGCAAAUUCUGUUUGGCCGCGCGAUUGGCCCGAAGACAGUGAAUUGAAACGGCCAGAGGUGCAAAAAUACUGCCUGAUGGGAGUCAAAGAUAGUUUCACUGAUUUUCACAUUGACUUUGGUGGCACAUCCGUCUGGUAUCACGUUUUGCGGGGAGAGAAAGUUUUUUACCUAGUUAAGCCAUCGACAGCGAAUUUACAAUUGUACCAACAUUGGAUGUGUAGUUCGACUCAGAGCGAAACUUUUUUCGGAGAUCAGGCUGACGCAUGUUACAGAUGUGUUAUUAAGCAGGGGCAAACAAUGAUGAUACCAACCGGAUGGAUUCACGCAGUUUUAACGCCAACGGACUCCUUGGUCUUUGGCGGUAAUUUUGUUCACAGUCUCAACAUUCCUAUGCAAAUACAAGUUUACGAGCUGGAGAGAAAAAUGAAGACUCCUACAAAAUUUCAAUACCCAGGGUUUGAGACCAUAAAUUGGUUCGCAGGAAAGAAACUACUCAAAGACCUUAAGGAGUUGAAUAAUGAUGAGAAAAAGUGUCCAGCAUAUUUUCUACAAGGAGUUAAAGCUCUACUGGGAAUCCUUAAGCAGUGGAAUACUGAUAAAGACUACAAUAUGGUUAGUCGUAGCCAAAUUCCAGAGACAAUUAACAGUCCAAAGUUGCUGAAGGAUCUGAGUAAAGAAAUUCGUCACGCGGAACGGUACCUGAUAUCACUGAAUCCUCCGAAACCAGAACGCGAAAGUAAGCGAAAGAAGAAAAAACCGUUAAAUAAGGAUUUCAUUGAUUACGACGUAGCCGAUCGCAUGGCCGCAAAUCCAUUUAAAGCAACAUUGAAAGAAACGAAUAAAAUGCAAGAAGCCUCCAUGUCAACCGAACUUUUGCCGGAUACAAGACCGCCGUUGAAAUUAACAUUACCCAAAUAUGCGGGCUAUUCCUAUGCCAGUACGAAUUUACCACCAGACGAAACUAGUGCCUCUGCGGCAGUCACCAGCGCUACCAGCAAUUCGAUAAACAAUAAUAUCUCCAGUAGUAACAACAGUAACAGCAGUAGCAGUAACAGCAGUAAUAGUGCUGGCGGCGUCGGCGGCGGUACUAGCGGCGGUAAUGGCAGAAAGGUUAAAUGUGUCGGUUUUUCGCAACAAAACAAACGAGCAUCUAAACCGGGUAAGCAAAGUCCCACCGUCAUUCGAUUUAAGCUCGGCGACAAUGAAGUCGUAAGAAGCACUCACGACAAUAUAAAUAAUUAUGGAACAUUCACAAUGGAUCACUCGGUCGAAACGCUAAGAGAAUUAACGUGGAAACAAAGCUCCGUGUAUGACUUUCACGACGGCAGUAACGAGAGUGAUUAUGGGGUUUUUACCAUAGACGAAGCGCCGAAGCGCAAAAAAUCCUCAAGGUCCAGCAGCCAGAAAAGGUGUAGACGCAAUUACCAACCUGCUGCGGGUUCAACCGACGACGCCGAUGUUCAGAGCGAGAUACCAAAAAACGGUAUCGAGGAAUUACUUAAAGCUUCCGCGUACACGUUAUCUUCGGCGACUGUUGCCAAUCAAAGACUCGAUGCCACUACUCGCUCGUCUGCGAUAUUGUCAACGAUGUCACAAUUUGGUCAACCAGUCCCACCGCCAACGGGUAUUUAUAAAUUGAAAACGGCCAGUUCUGGCAGGGCUUCUCCAUCGACUCGGGAAGCCAUCGCUGGGAUGCUGUCGUUCAGCGAGCAGUGCUAUUCGACGACGUCAGCCAGUCCCGUCAAGUUAAAAAAAUUCGAAAAGGAGGACAAGAAGCUCCAGGACAACAACGACGACGACGACGACGACCACCUUAUUGAGAACAUCGAUAAGGUUCAUCAGGAUGAUGAUUUCAUAUAUCCAGCAUUGGAUGCGUCGGACGACGAAGAAUAUAUUUUCAAACCUCGCGGAAAGAGACGAAUCGACGAGGCCUGGAAUCCCCGAGCCAGGGUCGGUCCUCUCUUGCCUAAGACUAAUCGACCGGCGCGAGAAGGAGUGAAAAAGACGUCCGUGGAGAAGGGUCUUGAGGCUGCAGCGGCGAAACGAGCAAAACAGCCGCAAACAUCGACAAAACGGACAUACAAUAAGCGAAGACAAAAGGGUUCGGUAAUGAGAUCAGAGGCUCCUCCGAUCCCCGCAGACGGGGGCAAUAUCAAGAUGAAAGCAACGUCUGACGGCAUAAUGAACAUGGGUCUCGGCCUUGGUCUUGAACUUGACGUUGGCGCUAAUCUUCCCACGGACGGUGUCGGUAUAGACAUUGGUGGAUACGGCUCGAUAUUAACGAGUCCUAACAGACUGAAAGACGUCAAGGCAAAACUCGCAGCACCCGUCCCAGUUGAGCGGAAACCAAAAAAGGGUAUGAAAACGGCAAAACAACGCUUGGGAAAAAUCUUGAAGCUUCAUAAAAUGAUGCAUUAAUAGAACGCUUUAAUUCAACUAAGAAACUAGCUUUAACUUUGUCGGAUCAAAAAAUCAUCCCACUCUCAUUUGUGUAUAAAAAAAGAAGCUAUGUAAUAGGUGUAUAUUGUUGUGUAAAUAUAUAAAAGAUGAAUCUUUUAUAAACGAUGAAAAACAAGCUGGUGAAAAGCAAAGUAAUAUUGUGAGCGAAAAUAAAAGAAAAGAAGGUGGAGGCAAUGAAAAUAAAUACG